AUGGCCGCCAAUUUUGAUCAAUCUACUUUCCAAGAUAAACUCAACCACCUGACUGGAUCACAAGAAAGUGUUCAAUCAUUAUCAAGCUACAUUUUAAGCAAUGUAAUCCAUGUCAAAUCGGUCCUAACCACGUUGAUGCGAGAUUUGAAACAAGACAAACUAUCCUGUAUUCAGCGCGCAUACACAACACUCGAUACAGGUCUUGCAAACACUCUCAUACAUGACACUGGGCCCAUACUAAAUGCUAUCAAGGCACAUAGUAAAAGGAAGAGCACACGGAUCUACGACGAAUUUGUCAACGUAUUAAACGAUGUGGUUACUCAUUUUCGAAGUAAUAGCGACACCGCGCAAAUUAGACGAAUCAAGCGCAUUUUUAAAAUUUGGGAAGAUCGUGAUGUCGUUACCAAAGCCUGUAUAACUAAUCUUUAUCGUAUACUAGAUGCAGAUCAAACCAACAAUACACCAGGACCUAUUGAAGAAUUUAAGUUAUUCACCUUGACCGAGUCAUGCAUGAAAUUUCAAAAUUACAGUCAAGCUGUCGGCAUGAAAGAAAAAGGCGCGUCUGCAUUUGAUAGGUAUACGUCAGAAAAUGUCAAGAGUGUAAAAGACCGUACGGAAGGGACCAAAUAUAUCGCAAAAUUUGAUGAAGCUCGUACCAGAUGGUCAGAUUAUCAAAGUGCUCUAGAAGAGAAAAGCAAAGCCUGUAUACAAAUGAUUAAGAAUAUGAAUGAUUGCAAUGUGUAUCACGCUGGCGAAUUAGAUAAAGUCAAAAUUAUUGCUAACGCUUACAAAAGUUUAUUCGAUCGUGUUAAAAAAACUAAACUGAAGUUAGACGAUAAGGUAUCCACUUUAGCAGAUGAACCCAUUGUAAGCAAAAAGCCGGUUGAAAAUGAUAACACACAAGUCCAGGAUAUGGAUUUAGAUAACAGCGAUGAUGAAAGAGGCUUUCAUGAUAAUACAACAACGGCAUCCCAUUCAACAAUUACUAUAAAUCCAGGUAUUCCCAUACCUCCUGUUGGAAGACGCGAUAUCCAUCCAAUAGCAACGACACAUGCCAGACCGCCAAGUAUUAUACCUCAGGCAGCCGACCGUAGCAAUCCAAGCAGUUCAACUUAUCUAACACCACAAUCUAGUACAAAUUCAUGGCCAUUGCAACGUUCAACUAGUGUACCACCCAAUGAGCCCAUUCGCUAUCCGCAAAAUGAAGCAACACCGGCUACUCCUACAACUGGCAUGCGUUAUGAUGGAUUAAAUAAUCAAGGCCAAGCAGAACCAAGGCAUGCCAAUUUAGAUAGUCGUUUGUUCAACAAGCAACUACCAUUACAACAUGAACUCAAAACUGAUCAUACAAAUAUCGAUAGUGAUAAACCAUCUGACGCCAAUAAUAGCGCUAAGAAUGGUAACACCAUUCAACAAUUAGCUAAGUUACUUUCGUUGAAUAAUCCAACUGUGGCAGAUAAUCAAAAUUUACCUCUCACUGAUCAAGCUUCUCAGCAGACGGCUGAUCACAAAGAUUCAUCAAUAACUUCACUAUUCUACAAUUUAUUGCCAUCACUGAGAAGUAUCACUUCACAAGAGACUGAUAGCAACAACAGUAAUGAGCAUCUUGAAAAUAGAAAUAGUCACAGAAAUGAAUUUGCCCAAUCUAUAGGUCAACCUGGCCAGACUAAGCACAUUGGCAGCGAUGCUGUAGGAGAGCCAAAUUUAGGCAGUCAAACAAUUCCUGUUAGAAAUACAACAUCGUUGGCGACCGGACAGCGUCGCAUAUCCAACAUUGGUAAAGGUCGAGGAUCAAAAGCAACUUUUGAAAAUAGAUCGUUUAAACCAAAUUCACCUAAUAAACAUCGAAAUAAUCAUCCCCCUCCAAUAUCAGCUAAACCCGCUCAGACCGAUAAAGGAACAAAUAGAAUGAGUGAUGUACAGUCUAUUCAAACUGUUCAUGAUGUUAGACCUGCAUUUCAACCGCAACGAUCUCAAUUAUUCUAUCAAGCUGAUGUAAAUCAAGGUGCUCAACGUAGCGCUAACACUUAUAGAAAUGUUCGGCCACCAAGUAUACUUCACGAAACAGGUCCUGUUAAAUACGACAGGAUCUCACCUUCAAGUGAAACCCAUCCACCUUUUUAUGGAGGGCCUCCUGCAAUAUCAGAUCAUAUGCAAGGACAGCUUCCCAAAGUUGGUCCAUCAGCCAACCCUUGGCGCGGAAAUCGUAAACGUUUACAUGGUGAUACAGCAGAUCGAAGACUUUCUCUGCCACCAGACGAAUUCUCUGACGUACCAGUUCAUUUUGGUGAUAGUAGGCCUGGUCACAGGAAACGAACAAAAUCUGAAUCUGAAAGUAGUAAUAGUGGUUCUCCACAAAGUAUACCUGUCCUCCAGCAACAUAAACGAUCCCCAUAUCCUCAUGGUCAUAGUCAAGGCCCUCGUCGAUCAAAUAUCCAUCAUCCACGAAGAAGCAUGGAAGAAGAUCAAGGAAGGCAAAUUUCAGUCCUUGAUCCUCGCCAUCCACCGUUACACCAAAAUCGUCCAAAUAUUUAUCAAGGUCAUCAUAAAUAA